UACUGCUCAGAGUUGGCUUACUAGACCUUGCAAGCCAGCAGCCCAGCCGUGAGUGUAGUGCGCAGGCGCUAGUUUUCCCCGGUGGCGCAGGCGUAGUACUGUAGCGGGCAGCCGUAUUCUAAACACCGGAACCAGGCCCCGACUUCCGACACCGGGAGACACCGCUGAAAUCUAGGCCACAGUAGGAUGGCGACUUCGCUGGGAUCCAAUACGUACAACCGGCAGAACUGGGAGGACGCGGACUUCCCAAUUCUUUGCCAGACAUGUCUGGGAGAAAAUCCUUAUAUUCGAAUGACCAAAGAAAAAUAUGGAAAGGAAUGCAAGAUAUGUGCACGCCCUUUUACAGUAUUUCGCUGGUGCCCAGGCGUACGCAUGCGCUUUAAGAAGACAGAGGUUUGCCAGACAUGUAGCAAGUUGAAAAACGUCUGUCAGACCUGUCUCCUAGACUUGGAGUAUGGACUUCCCAUUCAAGUGCGAGACACAGGGGUUUCCUUGAAGGAUGACAUGCCUAGAUCUGAUGUUAAUAAAGAGUACUACACUCAGAAUAUGGAGCGAGAGAUUUCAAACUCUGAUGGAACUAGGCCAGUUGGAGCUCUAGGAAAAGCUACAUCCAGCAGUGACAUGCUUUUAAAACUGGCCCGUACCACUCCUUACUACAAACGUAACCGUCCCCACAUCUGUUCUUUCUGGGUGAAAGGAGAGUGUAAAAGAGGAGAAGAAUGUCCAUACAGACACGAGAAGCCCACAGAUCCAGAUGACCCACUUGCUGAUCAGAAUAUCAAAGACCGUUAUUAUGGUAUCAAUGAUCCUGUAGCAGACAAACUUUUGAAACGGGCCUCUACGAUGCCUCGCCUGGACCCCCCAGAAGACAAGAGUAUUACCACCCUGUAUGUUGGAGGAUUGGGUGAUACCAUCAACGAAUCAGAGCUAAGGAGUCACUUUUACCAGUUUGGUGAAAUCCGAACAAUCACAGUAGUUCAGAGACAGCAGUGUGCCUUUAUUCAGUUUGCCACCAGACAAGCAGCGGAGACGGCCGCAGAGAAAUCAUUUAAUAAGCUCAUUGUUAACGGUCGACGGCUUAAUGUCAAGUGGGGAAGAUCUCAGGCAGCCCGAGGGAAGGAAAGGGAGCGAGAAGGCAUUAUUGAGUCUGGAUUGAAACUUGAACCUGUUCCGGGUCUACCAGGAGCUUUGCCACCUCCCCCAACAGAAGAGGAGUCUACAGCAAACUAUUUUAACCUUCCCCCAAGUGGAUCGUCUGCAUUGGUUAAUAUUGCUCUGCCUCCACCUGGGUUAACUGGACCACCUCCAGGAUUUGGCCCACACAUGUUCCCACCUAUGGCACCACCACCAUUUCUUCGUGCCCCUGGUCAUAUCCAUUACCCUUCUCAAGAUCCCCAAAGGAUGGGAGCACAUGCAGGAAAGCCUAGCAGUGCCUAACCAUAAGAAGACUUGCACCACAGUGAAAUUGGACAACUGCUAAAAGAUCAGACAUAAAGCUUAAAGGAUCAUGCAGUUUUGAGCACAGAGACCUCUUCCUUUCCCUUAUAAAAACUGAAUAGUAACUUCCCCAGUGGAUGUGAUUUUUUUGAAAUGUUUGUCUUGACAAAGGCGAGAAGAGGAAACUGAAAAAAAUUCAAGAAUUGUUUCGGGAAAUCUUAAAGUAUGGUUGUCUGUGUUUUUUUGUGGGGGGGGGGGUGUUUGUUUUUGUUUUUUCCCCUUUUUAAAAAAGAAAUUAUAAAACUAUUGAUGGCUUUUGCACAUUAUUGGUAAAGAAAUAUCCAUCAAUAGUAAUUCCCAUUCACUCUGAUAAACGCAACAGAGACGCUGUAGUGUCUUAUGUGUACUGCCUAGAACACAUUUGAUGCCUGACACUUAGAAGACCUACUUUCUACUAGAACAUAUUUUAAAUGUUUAUCUUUAGCUCAUUUUAGCUAUUUUUGGAGCGACAAACCUUUUUCUUUGGUCUGCUAAUGCGUGUUCAUGACAUUCCCAAUAGUGUAUCUGUUUUGGAGAAAGACAAGUGCGCAUGUGUUUUGAGUGGAAUAUUUUUGUUGUUUGGAACGCAGUAGUUGUACGGGUCUUAGGACAAGAUUUAGUAAAGUUCAACUAUCAUUUGUACACAACAUUAAAAAAACAAAACUCUAUUCUCCAUUAAA